GCGCACUUGGAACCACCGGCGCCAGUUUCCCGAAACCCGCAGGUCACUUGUUUGUGGCCCGCCCCUCCUCUCCCCGCCCGCUCGUCCGGGUCUCGCCGAGCAGUACUCUGGGCACUGUCAGUGUGUGCGUGGUGCAGGCUAGACUCAUGGCUUCGCCGCUGAGGUUCGACGGGCGUGUGGUCCUGGUCACCGGCGCCGGGGGAGGGUUGGGCCGAGCUUAUGCCCUGGCUUUUGCCGAAAGAGGAGCAUUAGUCAUUGUGAAUGACUUAGGAGGGGACUUCAAAGGAGUUGGUAAGGGCUCCUCUGCCGCAGACAAGGUCGUGGAAGAAAUAAGAAGGAGAGGCGGGAAAGCAGUGGCCAAUUACGAUUCAGUUGAAGCAGGCGAGAAGCUUGUGAAGACGGCAUUGGAUGCAUUCGGCAGAAUAGAUGUUGUGGUCAACAAUGCUGGAAUCCUAAGGGACCGUUCCUUCUCCAGGAUAAGUGAUGAAGACUGGGAUAUAAUUCAUAGAGUUCAUUUGCGGGGCUCCUUCCAAGUGACCCGGGCAGCGUGGGACCAUAUGAAGAAACAGAAUUAUGGAAGAAUCCUUAUGACUUCCUCAGCUUCUGGAAUAUAUGGCAACUUUGGCCAGGCGAAUUAUGGUGCUGCAAAGCUGGGCAUUCUGGGUCUCUGCAAUACUCUCGCAAUUGAAGGCAGGAAGAACAACAUUCAUUGUAACACCAUUGCCCCCAGUGCUGGGUCACGGAUGACAGAGACUGUGAUGCCAGAAGAUAUUGUUGAAGCCCUGAAGCCAGAGUAUGUGGCCCCUCUUGUCCUUUGGCUUUGCCAUGAGAGCUGUCAGGAAAAUGGUGGCUUAUUUGAGGUUGGAGCAGGAUGGAUUGGAAAAUUACGCUGGGAGAGGACCCUUGGAGCCAUCGUCAGAAAGCGGAAUCAGCCCAUGACUCCCGAGGCAGUGAGGGACAACUGGGAGAAGAUCUGUGACUUCAGCAAUGCCAGCAAGCCACAGACCAUUCAAGAAUCAACAGGUGGUAUAGUCGAAGUUUUACAUAAAGUAGAUUCAGAAGGAAUCUCACCAAAUCAUACCAGUCACACGACACCUGCAGCCACAUCAGGAUUUGCUGCUGCUAUUGGCUAUAAAUUUCCUUCAUUUUCUACUUCGUAUACGGAACUGGAGAGUAUUAUGUAUGCCCUCGGAGUAGGAGCUUCAGUCAAAAAUCCAGAGGAUUUGAAGUUUGUUUAUGAAGGCAGUGCUGACUUCUCCUGUCUGCCUACCUUUGGAGUCAUUGUCGCUCAGAAGUCCAUGAUGAGUGGAGGGCUGGCAGAUGUUCCUGGGCUGUCAUUCAACUUUGCAAAGGCUCUUCACGGGGAGCAGUACUUGGAGUUGUAUAAGCCACUUCCACGAUCAGGAGAAUUAAAAUGUGAAGCAGUUAUUGCUGACAUCCUGGAUAAAGGCUCUGGCAUAGUGAUUGUUAUGGACGUUUAUUCUUAUUCUGGGAAGGAACUUAUAUGCUAUAAUCAGUUCUCUCUCUUUGUUAUUGGCUCUGGGGGCUUUGGUGGAAAACGGACAUCAGAAAAACUCAAAGCAGCUGUAGCUGUACCACGUCGACCUCCAGAUGCUGUACUGAGAGAUGCCACCUCACUGAAUCAGGCUGCUCUGUACCGCCUCAGCGGAGACUGGAACCCUUUACACAUUGACCCAAGCUUUGCGAGCAUUGCUGGUUUUGAGAAGCCCAUAUUACACGGAUUGUGUACCUUUGGAUUUUCUGGUAGGCAUGUUUUACAGCAGUUUGCAGAUAACGAUGUGUCAAGAUUCAAGGCGAUUAAGGUUCGUUUUGCCAAACCAGUGUAUCCAGGACAAACUCUACAAACUGAGAUGUGGAAGGAAGGAAACAGAAUUCAUUUUCAAACCAAGGUCCAAGAGACUGGAGAAACUGUCAUUUCAAACGCCUAUGUGGAUCUUGUGCCUGCAUCUGGAGCUUCAGCUCAGACACCUUCCGAGGGUGGAGAGCUCCAGAGUGCUCUUGUGUUUGGGGAAAUCGGCCACCGCCUCAAGAAUGUUGGGCAUGAGGUGGUAAAGAAAGUGAAUGCUGUGUUUGAAUGGCAUAUCACAAAAGGUGGGACUGUUGCAGCGAAGUGGACCAUUGACCUGAAGAGCGGCUCUGGGAAGGUGUACAGAGGCCCUGCAAAGAGCUCUGCUGACAUGACCAUCAUCAUUUCUGACGAGGAUUUCAUGGAAGUGGUCAUGGGCAAGCUUGACCCACAGAAGGCCUUCUUCACUGGCAGGCUGAAGGCCAAGGGGAACAUCAUGCUGAGCCAGAAACUACAGAUGAUUCUUAAAGACUAUGCCAAGCUCUGAAGGACCCACUGUGUGCUGUUAAAGAAAUCAGGAUAAUUAAAUACUGCCUGCCCAGUUGUGCUCCAGCAUUCUGCGAAGUGACCCACAGUAAUGUGCAGCAGAAAUCGCUUCACAUUUUCAGAUUCAGAUAACUUUCAGAUUUUCAUUUUCUACUAAUUUUUCACAUAUUAUUUUUACAAGGAACUGUAAUCUAGCUAGCAAAUAAUCGUUCUGUUCAUAGAUCUGUAUCUUAAUAAAAAAAAUCAACCAAGUCUGACUUUGCAAUAACGUUAUAUGUUGAAAGGAAAACUGAAUGAAUUAAAAGCCCUUACCGCUUGUCUCUCCCUUCCUGCUCCUCUCUGCAUUGAUCCCUGUAUCUCAUGAAUUUCCCAGGAUGUCCUCAUUUUCUGCUGUUAGGAUAGUGCUGUGCCUAAAAACAAAGCUUCGUGCUCUCAACUAAUUCUUUGAUCCCCUCUGCUUGAAACUUUAUAUUUCUACCGUGUCUUUAAAUCCACCAGAGAUAGGGCAUGCUUGUUUCAUCAGUAGCCUGCAAUCAUAGAGUCUCCAGAAGGAAUGCUCAUACAGCUGAGCCCCCACAUUUGCCUUGAUGCAGUGUGCCUGGGAAUGCGCUUGAGUGGCUUGUCUGCAAAGGGAGGGGGCUGGGUGGAUGUUAAAGCUGGGGUGGACGGAGCUGCAGUUUUAUUGCACUCAGAAUUCCCUUUGCUGACUCUUUGCAAAUGAGGCUUUGCAAUGGAGAGUUCCUGGGCACAAUGCUGACAUGGUGUGCUCUGAGGCUCUGCACCUGUCUGGACAAGUGGGCUGGGUGCAAGGAGGUUACACAGCCUCGGCUUCUCUUUGAAGGCAGUGCUGAAGCUGGGGUAUCCCUUAAGUGGUAUCCCGAGGCAACUAAUAAUUACUCUCACCAUAGGCCAAGCUGCAAGGGAAUCCCUGGAGUAGGCUUACAGUCUGUUGUCCCCCCUGCAGCUGAGGAAAUGGGUCCCUCAGAACUAACCUUAGUGCAGAGUGAUCCACACUCUGCCAAUUUAAUUUUAAUAAAACAAAGGCAGUCUUACAAUGUUGGUCUUUAUUAAACUAAAUUCCUGCUCAUGAUGAGCUUGGGGAAGCUUGAAGCUCAGUAAUGUCCCAGUAGAAGUAACUUAUCAAGUUAAAUGCCACUGUCCAUUAAUGAAAGUGUUGAUUAUAUACCCUAGCUGCUCAAUCCUUGUCUUGAGGAAGUUGUGUUUUGGUUAUCUUAUCUAGCUCUCUGUCAGUCUUAAAGGUCAGAGGACUACUAAGGAAGCGUAUUAUUAGUCUUAUGUUCCUUAACAUUUUGGAAUUAUUUAAUAUUGUUGAGUGUGCCAUCAAUUCUUAUAUUCGCCAAUAAGCAAUAUAUAAACUUUAUAAUGAA